AUGUUGCACUCAGUCGCUAUUAUUCUGCUAUACGCCGCUACUGCGCGUGCCCAAGUCAAGAUUCCCGAUGAAAAUCCCAUUGUACGAAUCGACCUCAACGCCACCGCGGAUCUGGAGCCCGACUCAUCUGCAACUAUGAUCAACGUUGAUGAUGCUGUGGGCGGAACUCUGGAGGCAACUGCUUGGUCUUUGAUCUUCACUGCCGCCCCGGUUUCCCAGACUGCCAUUCUCGGGAUCCUUUCGCAAUCAUCACCAGCUAAUCAGUACUUGCACACGCGAGAGUUUCCAACCCCUGAGACGAACUCUAUCGUGGCAGUCAAUGUCGAUGUUCUUUACUCGUUUGGAGUGCUCGAUCUAUCUGAAGCAGACGUCCUUCUGGGUGUACCCGAGUUUGAUGACCGUUACUGGAGCUAUCUCAUCUGGGACUUCUAUGGAAACGCAAUCGCAGAAAUAAGCAAUGUAAAUGGAAACACCGCCGGAACUUACCGUCUCAAGCGCGACGCCGUAAAUGAAGUAGGCCUUGCGAAUGGUAACCUUAUCAAUAUUUCGACCGCAUACGCCUCUGUCGCUAUCCGCAUUGGCAUCAAUUCCAACACGACGGAAGAAUUAGACCGGCUCCAUUCACUUCAAGAUGGCUCCACUGUCGGAACGACUGAUCUCUCGGCGGAGACCACUGUGCCGUCUUUUGCAAAACUCAUCACACCAAAUAUCACCAAUCCCCAGAGUGUGCUUCAGUUUGCCGCCAGCUUGUUGCCUUACAACCCUCCCCAGACUGUCUCAGACCGAGAACGCGUGAACACCAUUCUCGCACAAGCAGGCAUUGGAAACGGAACUUAUACUGCCAACCCAGACGUCGAUAUUUCAAACGCUGCGUCCAUCGCACGCUACUCCAUCGAAGCGGACUUGGCCGACGCAGCGCACAUCGUACAGCUGGGUAAUAACUGGACAGUACCCAUUCCCUCCUACCAAGGCAAUUACGGAACACAUUAUGCUGCACAAGCUGCCUCUGGUAUUGGGUAUCUCCAGACCCAGAAGCUUGCACUCCUGCCUAAUCACCCGAUGCUUAGCGGAACCAUUGAUUUCUCUACUCUGUCCAUGAUUAUCACCUUCUUUGGAAAGCCAGGCGUGACAAGUCCGGGCUUUUGGAACAUUGGCUCUUACGAUGCGUUGCUCAGACUUGUACCGAAUGGCAUCAGUCGGUACAGCAUCGGAUCCAAGACCUCGACUUUGCAGUACCUUGAAGGUGGUCAGGUAUAUGGGCCGACUGCGGCGGGCGGCCAAGAUGAAACAUUUCAAGUUCUCUUGCAGAGUGCGGACAUUCCACCCCCGGCCAAUUGGACUGGAAAUUGGUUACCUGUUGCUAACAACGCAUCUCUCACUGGUAAGACUUCAUAUCCCAUCGAUUAUGAUUCCUUGUUUGACCGUAUUCUAGUCCGCAUGUACUGGCCCGAAAUUUCAUUGACUGAUGGAUCUUACGUCUGGCCUGAGAUUGAAAGCUUGAAUCCUAUCAUGGCUUGA